GCAGUGGUUGCACACGUGUUGGCAUCGGGUGCGGGUUUUGUGGAGGAUCUAGACGAGGCGUUUAAAGAAAACCGUAAAGAUGAUAUUUGGCUCGUGGAUUUUUAUGCACCUUGGUGUGGCCACUGCAAGAAACUGGAGCCUGUGUGGAAUGAAGUGGGUAUAGAAAUGAAAAACAUGGGCUCUCCAGUAAAAGUUGGGAAGAUGGAUGCAACUUCCUUUUCUAGUAUUGCAUCUGAAUUUGGAGUGCGAGGCUAUCCAACGAUUAAGCUCUUAAAAGGUGACUUGGCAUACAACUAUAGAGGACCUAGAACCAAAGAUGAUAUAAUUGAAUUUGCUAAUAGAGUGGCAGGACCUCUUAUCAGGCCACUUCCUAGCCAGCAUAUGUUCGAGCAUGUACAAAAGAGACAUCGUGUACUCUUUGUGUAUGUUGGUGGUGAAUCUCCUUUAAAGGAAAAAUACAUUGAAGUUGCUUCAGAACUAAUAGUUUAUACGUACUUUUUUUCUGCCUCAGAAGAUGUGCUGCCUGAGUACGUGACGCUGCCUGAAUUGCCUGCUGUUUUGGUCUUCAAAGAUGGAACUUACUUUGUUUAUGAUGAGUAUGAAGAUGGUGAUUUGUCAUCCUGGAUAAACAGAGAAAGAUUUCAAGGUUAUCUUAAUGUAGAUGGCUUUACGCUGUAUGAACUUGGAGAUACAGGAAAACUUGUGGCUAUUGCGGUCGUUGAUGAUAAAAACUCUUCACUGGAACAUACCAGACUGAAAUCUAUUAUUCAGGAAGUUGCUAGAGAUUAUCGGGAUAACUUUCACAGGGAUUUCCAGUUUGGCCACAUGGAUGGAAAUGAUUACAUUAAUAGUUUACUAAUGGAUGACUUGACAAUCCCUACUAUUGUUGUAUUGAAUACGUCCAAUCAGCAGUAUUUUCUACCAGAUAGGCACAUUGAAAACACAGAAGACAUGGUUCAGUUUAUUAACAAUAUCUUGGAUGGUACAGCUGAAGCACAGGGUGGUGAUGGACUUCUGCAACGAAUCAAGAGAGUAGUCUAUGAUGCCAAGUCUACUGUAGUAUCUGUUUUCAAGAGUUCACCACUUCUGGGAUGCUUUCUCUUUGGGUUGCCCCUGGGGGUAAUCAGCAUUAUGUGUUACGGAAUCUGCACAGCUGAUACAGAUGGAGGGAUAGAUGAAAAUGAGGCAGCUAAAAAGGAAAACGGUGAUCGGGAGCUCACGGAUGAAGGCAGUGAGGAAGAACAAGAGGAGGAAAAGAACGGAAAAUAUACAGAACUUUCAGAUGGAGAGCUUAAACAGAAAGACAUAAUGGAAAAGAAAAAAGACUAACUUGUUUAGCAAAUGAAUUCUCUGGAAUUUCUAAAUAGACUUAUUUAUCGAAGGUAGUCAUUUAUUGAUGAUCUUCAUGAAAGAGGACCUUUUUGUCUGCAUUAUGGUAGUUUUGACUUGCAUGUAUUCAAAUUUUCUCAGAAAUUGACAUAAAAAAAUAUGGAUGUUCUCUUAAAUGUCUUGAAUAGAUCAACAAAGACAAUUUAAACUGAAGAAUUUUGCAGGUACAAUUCUACACCAUUUUUUUAAGGAGUUUUGAAUCUUUCAUUUCCAGAACAGUGGGAUAAAGAUGUUGUUACUUGACCUCAGUGUAUGUGAUGAACUACUACUAAUAUAGCCCAGCUAAACACUCAUUCCUAUAAAAAGGCUGAAACCUAAGAAAGAUUAAGACACCUGUAAAGUCUUUCAGAGUUUGAUAGCUAAAGACAACUUUCAAAUUUUCCAAGAAGUUACAUGUUCUACCUGUUGCACAUUAAUUUGGGGAAAAAAAAAACCCCAAACUUUUCUGUUUUCUCAAGUUAAAUGUAAAUUGUUAGGAAUUAGAGGACUGGUUUACCUUGUAAUAAUACAAUUAUUAGCAGUCAGGAAUGUUUACUUCAUAUAGGAUGUGGGAGUUAUAUGCUAAAUUCUUUAUUAGUGCUUUAGCAGCUAAAAAUAUUCCAAAAGUACAUUAUAAACUUUUUAGAAUGUGAUUGCCUGUUAAAUUGUUUUGUACAAAUGCUUACACAAACUUACAGUGCAAACGAUCAUUAAGUUUUCUGAAUCCACAGUAUAAGUUGAUAAAGGAAGAAGUAAAUAUAAAUACCCUCUGAUAAUUUUGCAUAACGCUCCAAUGACAAGGGUUUUUGAAUGGUGUUACAUGUUUAAGGUACUUUUGUUUGGGACUGUUACUUAUGCUGGAGGAAGGAAUUAAUGGAGCGUAAUAUUACCUUACCAUUCCUAGAGUUUGGUCAAUAUAAUGCAUUUUUGUUACCCAUUUAACCAUAAGUCACUUUUAAUACAACCCUGUGACUGUGAGAAGGACUAAUUUGUGUCCAGGGUUAAAAUCUCCAGGGAUAAGCUAUAAAGAAGCUUUUGGCAUCAAUGUCAAGCAGAGUACCACAGAAACAAAACCUACGUGCUCUUCCUCUUAGUAUUCAUGCUGGGUUUUUUUCUUUUUUUUUUUUUUUUUUUUUCCCUUUUUUAAGGGUAUAUUACUGUAUAAUACAGAUCAUGAUGUCCUUAUUAGGCAGCUUGAUCAUGUAAUAAUUUACUAUGCUAUUGCACUAAAUUAAGGAAUUUUAAAUAAAAAACAUUGGUAAGCUUAAACAGAGAAGUUACGUGUCUCAGUAAACCUGAUGAUGAUAUAAAUCAGAACCAGGGAAAAUGUAUUCUAUCCUUUUACCUUGUAGGAAAGAAACUUGUUUCUUCCGUUUAAGUAGCUUGGUAACAGCAGGCUUCAUGUUGCAGUUCUGAGUACAAUAAGUAGUUCCCUGACCUGAAAAGCUUUUGUUAUCAAACAAUAUAAACAAUAUUUGAGGAGUUCAGGCAUCUUUUUCAGAAAAAUUCCACAUCUGAUUUUGAGUCCAACCUUUAUUUUUUGGGAGGACAGUCAAAAAAGUGAGUUUAUAGAAUACUGAAUAGCAGGUGUCUGAUACUUUUUUUUUCCCUUUUUGAUUUCUCAUUUUUCUUUCAAUGAAUUGUCUCUUCUAAUUUUUGUCAUUAUAGCUAAUUGCACAUGUCUUGAGUUUUCUUGCUUUUUGAUUAUUUCUUUCAGAAUCUUUGAGGUGUAGUUUUAGCAUAUAUUUGAAGAGUGAGAUGUUGCUUUAGAAAGUUUUUCAUGUGGCUGAUGCUUUUCUUAAAAAAAAAAUAAAAAUAAUAAGCCUGUAAAUUUUUUUGGACUUUAGCCCGACUCAGUGCUGAUAGUCAAAACGUAGGACUAUUAAGACAGUAAUAUGUUUUCUUGAUUUGUCUCUUUUUUGUUAAGAUUUCAAAUACAGAUCCAUUACAUAUUUAAUUUUAACUCAGGCUGGAAACUUAGAGCAACACAAGAACUGAAGUGGUCACUGGAUCGCUGCUUUUCCUUCUAUGGUGGGUAGUAAAGAAGAAAAAAUAAUUCUGAAUUCUGCUGCGCUACUAAGAACUGUUUCAACUAUGAGCUGUUAUUUUUGUUUGUGUUCAUAACCAGUAGUAACCAAAUAACUUGCUGAGAAAUCUUCUGAGAUACGAACCUGAAUAUGAUAAACGCGGUGAAAGAAACAGAUCACACUGGGAUCUGUUAAAACUGUAACGCUUAUUGGCUAGAGUUAGGAGGAAAGCAUGUGUCUCAGUGACUUCUGAAAUAUAAUGUCAAUCAGAUGUGUACUGAGCUGUUGAAAAUUAAACUUUAAACGUACUGCCAUUUUCAUCAAAUCCUUCUCCCAGUUGUAUCCAACAAGACAGACACAUGGAGAAGAAAAGCAUACAAAAAGCAUAAAAGUUACAAACUGGGUGUCAGAAGUGAUAGGAAUCUGAGGGGCUUGCUGUGGUCAUGCAAUGAUGCUGUCUGAGGGGGGAUCUGGCAUUUUAUUUUUUUUCUUCCACCUCUGAAGGUUUCUUGAAGCAACUUCACUGUAAUAACUUUGAAUUCACAAAAUAAUGCUGCUUUUUUUAAGUCAAGUGUAAGCCUUUUGUUUUUCUGUAAUAAAAACAUUUAAAAGAG